UCUCUGAUUUUUCUAUUUUCAUUUUAACGAUUCUCUUAACUGUUUAUUUUUUCUCUCCUCAUUUUUUGCGUUUUUUCUGUUUUAUUUUGGACUAUUAAUGUUCUGUGUUCAGUGUGAUUACGUUGAUUGUCUAUAUUGGGAAUUUUAUACUUUGAUAACAUUUUGAUAGAGAAAAUUACAUUCGGCAUCUUUAUUUUCUGUAAAAUAAAAAGACCAAAGUGAAAGACUAUCACAGAUCUCUCCCCAAACAUGUAGAGACGACAAGGUUACAGGGUGUUUCAAUAUUUCAGGGAUAGUUAAUAAUUGUUUAAACCUUUGUUUAAACCAAUAAUCUUACAAUAACCACUUAAAAAUGGACAUUGAUUUGGAAUUAUGUGAUGAUAAAAUUGAAUCAUUCCUCAAGAAAAAAUUGGAAGAUGUUCGUUCAUAUAAUAAAUCUUUGAAGGAUGUUUUACAACACAGAAGAGAUAUUCUACAGACUACUUUUGGUCAAACUUCUACACAAAGCACUGAUGUUCAGAUACCAAACACUGUAUGGAAGAAAAUAUUCAAUAACAAGUACUGUUUGGGUUACGAGAUUAAAAAUUUGUCCAAGGAGACUCUUAAAGAUUUAGAAAUUAUUUUAUACUGGAAUUCUAAAGAAUCUUUUGAUUAUAGAGUUCACAUGUUUAGUUCGGUCAAAGAAUUUGAUUGUGGCGACCCUGAAAAUUGCUGUUUUAUUGCAGAUACACUCAAGAAAACAUUUACAAUUGAAUCUACUGGUAUCAUCUUAAUUGUAUUUAAAGUCCCACAUUUUCUAAAUGAAACAGAAAUCCAAAUAAAUGGCAAUAUAUAUCGCAAAUCAAAAACUGGAGAAACUAAUAUACAAUUGCCGAAAGUACAAAUUACACCGAAAGAUUCUGAUUUAGCAUUGCAUUUGAAUAUAAACGAUGUAAAAAAUAUUUUAACUCUUAUUUCAUGUAAUAGCGAAGAUGACUUAAUUGCUAUCUUUCCUGAGGAAUGGGAUAGUUCAAUUAGAAACACUUUUGAGAUGCGCAGUUCAUUUACCAAAAUCGAUAUACGUUCAUGUAAAGAAUACUUUAUAGCUUACAACAUUUCCAAAUUGUUUGAAAAUGCAUUAAUCGCAAUUCAUUCAAAAGAAAACGAUAAAUGCUUCCUUAAAGUUUACACUAAUAAUAAUGAUCAGCUAUUAGCACUAAUUCAUUAUUUACAUUCUUCUAUACCAGGUAUUCUGAUAAUACCUAAAUUGUACUAUUCUAGAUAUUUAUGUAAAAAUGCCACAUUCUCCAAUAAACUUUUAAAAGAUUUUAGUGAAAGUUUAGGCAAAGAACUAAAGGCAGUCUAUAAAUAUAUUCAACAAAGUACUAUAAACUCCAGUGAUAUCUCAAAAAAUACAGAAACAUUGUAUGAAUUAGAAAGAGAAACAGAUAACUUGUUCCUUCAGCUGAGUAAUGUGAAAUAUUAAAUAAAACUACGAAAUACAA